GAAAAGUGGAGUGAGCUUCUAAACAAGCUUCCUUUCAGAAAAGAUGUACUUUUAUUCUCAUUUCAGCAGUUCACCUGCUCUUCGUACCGCAGAUACCAGGUAGAUGGCUUCUAGCUGCCUCUUCUAAAAGUAACAAUUUCUUUCACCAAUUCAGGGUUAGUUUGCAAUACUUUCUGCCUUUAGAGUAGACAACUGUCCAUCUUGUUGCUGUCUGCUAUUUUUUCACUAACUUCCACUAUUUCUGAAUCCUUCAAAUUCUUGACUGAUGCCUUCUUCUGUCACCUAGAUACUGUCAAAAUUGCUUAUUCCAGAAGGUAAGGAAGUGCUUGAGCACAAUAUGAAAUUAUCGUCCUGUCUUUAAAACUGAAAGCUAAAUGUGUUGGACAGCAUCUGCUGUUCUUGCUUCUUUGUGGGAAGUUUGCCUGUUCCCUAUUCCUGUUAGGUGAAAAGCUCAUUUAAUACCCACUCUCGUACAAGCUUAUCUACAUUUUUAAAUCUCCCAUGAAAUGAGAUUAGGACAAUGCUAGUGUUGAAGUAGAGGUAAAAUGUGUCUUAUGAGGCCUCUCUCCUGAGCUACAGCUUGGUAGUGUGCUCUGUAAUUUGGUAGUUACUUACUGACUUAAGCCUUCCAUUUUACAGUAAAAGGGCCUGUUUGUUUAGUAUCUACCCUGUAUGAUUUUUCAGUAGUGAAAAUUCCUUAUCUGGACCGAAUGUGAAGCAGUAUUUCCAGUACUGUAUUACUACAGUGUUUAAUACUAGUUACAUUAUAGCAAAUGAGCACCAAUGAAAAAAUAAAUCUUAAGCUCCAUGAAGCUCACAAAUCCCAUUAUGUACUUUUUAAUAAAAUCCUCAGGACAGUAUUGGAGCAGCCCACCUAAUGAUCCACCUUCCUGACUCUUCCUAACUUAAAGCCUGGAAUAUAAAAAGUGAUUUAAAUGCCAUAGCAUAUUUGAAAUCAAGCUGUCCUUCCAUGGAAUGCUCAUGGCCUGAGGAAAUGUCACAGGGCUGCCUUCUCUUCUCACCAGGAGGAAGGGUUUCUCACCAUGGCCAUAACACAGUUUCGACUCUUUAAAAUCUGUACUUGCCUGGCAGCAGUGCUUUCUUUCAUUAAAAAGUUAAUAUGCAGGUCUGGAAGAGGGCGAAAGUUAAGUGGAGAUGAAAUAACUUUGCCAACCACAGUGGAUUAUUCAUCUGUUCCUAAACAGCCAGAAGUAGAAGACUGGUCUUCAUGGGAUGAAGAUGCACCUACCAGUGUGAAAAUUGAAGGUGGCAAUGGUAAUGUGGCUGCUCAGCAAAAUCCUUUGGAACAAAUGGAACCUGAUUAUUUCAAAGAUAUGACACCAACAAUAAGAAAAACUCAGAAAAUAGUUAUUAAAAAACGAGAGCCUUUAAAUUUUGGGAUUCCAGAAGGAAACACGGGAUUCUCUAGCAGAUUAGCAGCUACACAAGAUAUUCCUUUUAUUCACCAGUCUCCUGAACUGGGAGACUUGGAUACUUGGCAGGAAAAUACUAAUGCCUGGGAAGAAGAGGAAGAUGCUGCCUGGCAGGCAGAAGAAGUUCUUAGACAACAGAAGAUAGCAGAAAGGGAAAAAAGAGCAGCAGAACAGCAACGAAAGAAAAUGGAGAAAGAGGCCCAAAGGCUAAUGAAAAAGGAACAAAACAAAAUUGGUGUAAAACUGUCCUAACAGAAACCAGGCAUCAGUGGCAACGCCAGUGAAAAGAGAAUUUCAGCUCUACAACAUGCGUAACGGUAUUGAUUUAAGUAUUUCUAGGACUUCAACACACUGCUUGGUUUCAAUACAUUCUUCAGGUCAUCUUGGAAGCCAGAAUUCUCCCAAAAUGUCUUGAACUACCAGUAGGUGGUUCUUAAAGGAGAAAAAACCCACAGAAAAUCAUGCCUUGAAUGGAAUGAAGUCUCCUGCAGUAGUUUUAUUCCAGCACCCUUCUUUGCGGCAAAAGUGAUUGAGCAAGGAUGUUGAUUGAAAGACACUCUUAAUGAACAGCUCAAGCCUAGAGAAAAGAAUGUAAAUAUUCAGUGGUGGGAAAUCUACUGUAUUGUCUGUGCUUACCUGAAACGUGUAAUUAAACAGUUUUAAAGAA